AGAGCGAAGUCAAAGCUUUUUGGAAACACCACCUUUUUGGAGGGAGCGGGGUUUGAAACGACCGCCUGCCGAAUCUGGGUGAAACUAUGAUUAAGAAAAUGUCUACGUCAGAGAACGAGUUCGACAUUCCGGCAAAGAACUGCCACCGGAUGGUGAUCCUGGGCUCCACAAAAGUUGGAAAGUCAGCCAUCAUCUCUCGAUUCCUCAACGAGAGAUUCGAUGACCAGUACACACCUACUAUUGAGGACUUUCACAGGAAGUUUUACAGCAUCAGGGGGGACGUUUACCAGCUGGACAUCCUUGACACAUCUGGAAACCAUCCUUUCCCCGCCAUGAGGAGGCUUUCCAUUCUCACAGGUGAUGUGUUCAUCUUGGUGUUCAGCCUGGACAACAGAGACUCCUUCCAGGAGGUGCAGCGCCUCAAGCGCCAGAUCCACGAGACCAAGUCGUGUUUGCGCAACAAAACCAAGGAGAACGUGGACGUUCCGCUCGUCAUCUGCGGCAACAAGUGCGACAGGGACUUUUACCGGGAGGUGCAGGACGAGGAGAUCGAGCAGCUGGUCGGCGGGGACGAGCACUGCGCGUACUUUGAGAUCUCCGCCAAGAAGAACACGAACGUGGACCAGAUGUUUCAGACUCUCUUCACCAUGGCCAAGCUGCCCAACGAGAUGAGUCCCGACCGCCACUGCAAGGUGUCCCUGCAGUACUGCGACGUCCUGCACAGAAAGUCCUUCAGAAACAAGAAGUUCAAGGACGGGAACGCGUACGGGAUCGUGGCGCCGCUCGCGCGCAGACCCAGCGUGCACAGCGACCUGAUGUACAUCAAAGAGAAGGCGAUAGGAGGCAGCCAGGCCAAAGAGAGAGGCUGCAUCAUCUGCUGACAGAUGGCUGCAAAAGCCCUUUUCCCUCUAAGACUGAACUGUUGCAGCCAGCCUGGAAACACGAGACCAAAAA